CGACGCCGGGCCCUCCCCAAGGACAGCUGCCCGCCGGCUCCAGGCACCUCAUUCGUGAGCUGUGCUGCCCGCAGCUGCUCGCCGUGCGCUGUGCCCGAGAGCAGCCCCAGCAGCAGACCAGCUCAGCCUCUUCGCGCUUGUCCUCCAAGGCUCUCAGAGGUUUGGAGGCACGUGCCUGCCAGCAUGGACGGAGCCUGGGUGGGGACGUGGAGACCUCAUCGCCCACGUGGCCUCAUCUCGGCCCAGUUCCCCAGCCCCGGGCCCCAGUACUCCAUCCCGGGGACAACAGGUUUCGUGGGCCACAGCCCCACCAAAGCCCGUGCCCCCGCAUACACGUUUCGCGGGACCAAACCGCCUGCGGCCGAGAGCUGCGGGCCAGGUCCCUGCUACUUUGUGGAGCCCGCCAUCACCAAGAACGGGAAGUACGUGGCUCCGGGCGCCCACCUUUGCGGACGACCCAUGACGGAGACCACCGUCACCC